GCAGAACGGUGCCAAACCAUGAAGGACGUUGCAGAACCAUGCAGAAUGGAAAGUGAGAAACCAGCGAAUCUAGAGAUGCUUCCCUCUAUUCCCGGAUACACUAAAACGGCUGCAGGAAGUAAACAAGAGACGAUGAAUUAGCGGAGGGAUAUUUUUUUGCACAUCUUUGCAAUAUGUACAUGUCAUCCGGAUAUACGGGGACGCAAACGACAUCGUUUGUAAAAGCUUAACGAGUUAGCUACUGUAGAUUUCUCGUUUUGAGGCAUUGACAGAAACUUAUCAUUCAGUCAAUGGAAAUGUUGGUUACUUUACCAAGAGUACGAAAUACCUUAGCUACAGAGAAGUGAGUCAGCUCACUGGCUAGCUAGCUAGUUGUCGCUCUCUUGCUACCAUCCGCAGUACGACCCAGGACAAAGCGUAACAUUGAACAUUUUGAAGCACCACUAUGGGGAACCAACUUGCAGGCAUCGCUCCAUCUCAGAUCUUGUCUGUGGACAGUUACUUCUCAGAUAUUCACGACUAUGAGUAUGACAAGAGUCUGGGUAGUACCAGAUUCUUCAAAGUGGCACGGGCAAAACAUCGGGAGGGACUGGUAGUCGUCAAGGUCUUUGCUAUUCAGGAUCCCUCGCUGCCUUUGACCAGUUACAAAGAUGAGCUGGAGGAGUUGAAGAUCCGGCUCUCCUGCCAGAACUGCCUGCCCUUUCAGAAGGCCACGAUGACCGAGAAGGCAGCCAUACUUUUCCGGCAGUACGUGCGUGACAAUCUGUAUGACCGUAUCAGCACUCGGCCUUUCCUCAACAACGUAGAGAAGAAGUGGAUUGCCUUCCAGAUCUUGAAUGCCGUGGACCAGGCGCACAAGUCUGGCGUGAGGCAUGGUGACAUCAAGACUGAGAACAUCAUGGUGACAAGCUGGAACUGGGUCCUUCUCACAGACUUUGCCAGCUUCAAGCCCACCUACCUCCCCGAGGACAACCCAGCUGACUUCAAUUACUUCUUUGACACCUCUAGGAGGAGGACCUGUUACAUUGCCCCUGAGCGCUUUGUGGAUGGAAGCAUGUUUGCCACAGAGAAUGAUCAGACCACUCCUCUGGUGGACCUGUCCAGUAACAGCCAGAGGACUCGAGGAGAACUUAAGCAACCCAUGGACAUAUUCUCAGCAGGUUGUGUGAUAGCAGAACUCUUCACAGAAGGAAAUCCUUUGUUUGACCUGUCUCAGCUGCUUGCCUACCGCAAAGGACACUUUCAGACUGAGCAAGUCCUGAUGAAAAUUGAGGACCAAAGUGUCAGAGAAUUGGUUGCGCAGAUGGUGCAACGACAACCAGAGAAACGUCUGACUGCGGAGGAAUAUCUGAAGCAGCAGAAAGGGAAGGCCUUUCCGGAAAUCUUCUACACCUUUCUGCAGCCCUACAUGGCCCAGUUCGCCAAGGAGACCUUCCAGUCUGCGGACGAACGGGUCCUGGUGAUUCGCAAAGACCUGGAUAACAUUCUGCACAACCUGUCUGGCGGCGAGCCGCGAGAGAAGGCGGCGGUGGAGUCCGAGACGACCAAGGAGCACGGGCUGGUGGUGCUGGUGUCCGUCAUCACGUCCUGCCUGCAGACGCUGCGCUCCUGCGACUCCAAGCUGGCGGCGCUGGAGCUAGUGCUGCACCUCGCCGAGCGGCUGAGCGUGGACAUCCUGCUGGACCGCAUCACGCCCUACCUGCUGCACUUCUGCAAUGACCCGGUGCCCCGCGUGCGGGCCGAGGCCGUCCGCACCCUGACCAAGGUGCUGGCGUUGGUCAAGGAGGUGCCCCGCAACGAUGUCAACAUCUACCCAGAGUACAUUCUUCCUGGAAUUGCCCACCUGGCACAGGACGAGGCAACCAUCGUCCGACUGGCCUACGCAGAGAACAUAGCCCAUUUGGCUGAGACAGCCCUGCGAUUUCUGGAACUGGUCCAGGAAAACAACUUGAACACUGAGCUGGAUCUGAAUGGGGAAGAUGUGGAGGAAGCUCUUCAUCCCAAUGAGAAUUAUGACUCUGAGCUGCAGGCCCUGCACGAGAUGGUUCAGCAGAAGGUAGUCACCCUACUGAGUGACCCAGAGAACAUUGUUAAGCAGACGCUGAUGGAGAACGGCAUCACACGCCUCUGCGUGUUCUUUGGCCGACAGAAGGCCAACGACGUGCUCCUGUCGCACAUGAUCACCUUUCUCAAUGACAAGAAUGACUGGCAUCUCCGCGGGGCUUUCUUUGACAGCAUUGUAGGUGUGGCAGCCUAUGUGGGCUGGCAGAGCUCCUCUAUCCUGAAGCCCCUGCUGCAGCAGGGCCUGAGUGAUGCAGAGGAGUUUGUCAUUUACAAGACCCUCAACGCCCUCACCUGCAUGUGCCAGCUGGGCCUCCUGCAGAAGCCACACAUCUAUGAGUUUGUCAGUGAUAUCGCUCCUUUCCUGUGCCAUCCCAACCUAUGGAUCCGGUACGGGGCAGUGGGUUUCAUCACGGUGGUGGCACAGCACCUCAACAUCGCUGACGUCUACUGCAAGUUAAUGCCCCAUCUCAAUCCAUUCAUCACACAGCCAAUCAUACAGAUUGACAAAGAGAUCGUACUACUUAGUGUCCUAAAAGAGCCGGUGAGCCGCUCCAUCUUCGACUAUGCGCUGCGCUCCAAAGACAUUGGCAGCCUCUUCAGGCACCUGCUGUUCCGACAGAAGAAACGCAAUGGCUCAAUCCCAGAAUGCCCCGUUCCUGAGGAUCCAGCCAUUGCCCAGCUUCUGAAGAAGCUGCUCUCACAGGGAAUGACAGAGUCUGAAGAGGAUAAGCUGCUGGCUCUGAAGGACUUCAUGCUCAAGUCAAACAAGGCCAAAGCCAACAUUGUGGAUCAGAGUCACCUGGGCGAGGGCGCACAGAGUGGGAUCAUCGACCUGGCCAAUUUAGGCAUCACAGGCCGGCAGGUGGACCUCGUCAAACCCAAACAGGAAACCGAGGACAAGAGAGACCUCAUCAUGACUGCUUCUGCCAGGAAACACACUAAGCAAGACUCCAACAUGAACGAAGAGUGGAGAAGCAUGUUUGGGUCCCUGGAGCCCCCCAGCGUGGCCCCCGCAGCACCGAUGGUAUCUAAAGUUCUUGUCCCACCCGGUGGCGAACCAGAGGGAACUCCGCCCGGAAACCCCCUGCGAUCCGACUCCUCCCCGAUUCCUAACCUCCAUCAUGUCCCAUCCUCCGGCCAGGUAACAGAAGGAUCCGGAACCCAGCCCAGGAAGACGGCUCUGCCUGCUAUGCCAGUGUUGCAGUCCAUGGGCGGGACUUCCACCUACCAGCGACGGCUCACCACCUGCAAGAUGGAGCUGCAGCAGCUGGUUCAGCAGAAGCGUGAGCAGUGCAAUGCAGAGCGCAUGGCCAAGCAAAUGACCGAGAGCCCUGAAUGGGAGAGCCGGCCUCCUCCACCAGGUUGGCAUCCCAAGGGCUUGCUAGUUGCACAUCUGCAUGAACACAAGUCAGCCGUCAACCGAAUCCGUGUCUCUGAUGAGCACUCUAUUUUUGCCACCUGUUCUAAUGAUGGUACUGUGAAGAUCUGGGAUAGUCAGAAAAUGGAGGGAAAGACUACAACCACCAGGUCUGUGCAAACCUACUCGCGCAUUGGGGGUCAUGUGAAAACCUUGACAUUUUGUCAGCAGUACCUGGCUGUGGCCUCCGACAAUGGAUCCAUCCAACUUCUGGCGAUCGAAGCCAACAAGCCCCCCAAAUCUCCCAAAGUUCACCCAUUUCAAACCAGGUUCCUGGACCCAAAAGAUGAUGGAUGUGUUGUGGAUGUCCACCACUUCAACUCAGGGACACAGUCAGUGCUGGCUUAUGCCACAGUCAACGGCUCCUUGGUGGGCUGGGACCUGCGGAGCCCCACCAAUGCCUGGACUCUUCGGCAUGACCUUCGUCUGGGUCUCAUCACCUCCUUCGCUGUAGACAUGCACCAGUGCUGGCUGUGUGUGGGCACAUGCAAUGGAACCAUGGCAUGCUGGGACAUGCGGUUUCAGCUCCCAAUCUCUAACCACUCCCACCCAGCUCGAGCACGAAUCAGGCGGCUACUCAUGCACCCGCUGUACCAGUCUUCAGUCAUUGCUGCUGUCCAGGGGAACAAUGAGGUGUCCAUGUGGGAUAUGGAGACAGGAGACAGAAAGUUCACCCUCUGGGCCAGCUCUGCACCUCCCCUCUCUGAGAUGCAGCCCUCACCCCACAGUGUACACGGGAUAUACUGCAGCCCUGCUGAGGGGAACCCCCUUCUCCUGACCGCUGGCUCUGACAUGAGAAUCCGAUUCUGGGACCUCGCCUACCCAGAAAGAUCCUACAUUGUAGCAGGGGGAGCUAAUGACUCUCUUCACUGUCCAUCGGUAUUUUACAACCGCAAGAUCAUCGAAGGAACUGAGGUUGUGCAGGAGAUCCACAGCAAGCAGAAGAGUGGCUCCACAGAGGACACUCCACGCCGAGGCCCAGAGUCCCUACCUGUGGGCCACCAUGACAUCAUCACUGACAUCGCCACCUUCCAGACCACACAGGGCUUCAUUGUUACUGCCUCCAGAGAUGGCAUUGUUAAAGUGUGGAAAUAAACGCUGUCCUUAAUCCUAGUAUUCAACCAUCUGAAAUUUAACUAGUGUACAUAAUAUAAAUCUACGUAAUAUAAAGAACAAGGAUUUGGAAUAAAUGCUGCAAAAUGUUUCUAAAGAUGGUAGGUUACUGCCCGUGUGUAUUUACAGACUGCCACUGAUGUACUGCUUCAUGCUUUAAAACUAAUAAUUUUAAAUUGGUUGACUUCAGAAUGAGAUUUGUUAAAUAAACAGAAUACGCUCCA